AUGCAUAAAAAUGGUUUCUUUCAUCGUGAUAUGAAACCGGAAAAUAUCAUGUGUAAUGGUACCGAACUUGUUAAAAUUGCUGAUUUUGGUUUAGCACGUGAAAUUCGUUCGAGACCACCCUUUACCGAUUAUGUUUCCACUCGUUGGUAUCGAGCACCGGAAAUUCUUCUACGUUCCACAUCAUAUAAUUCACCAAUUGAUAUUUGGGCACUUGGUUGCAUUAUGGCUGAAUUAUAUAUGCUUAGGCCAUUGUUUCCCGGUACUUCAGAAUUGGAUCAACUUUUUAAAAUUAUUACAAUACUUGGAACACCCAGUAAGGAUGAUUGGCCAGAAGGUUAUCAGUUGGCUAUAGCAAUGAAUUUCAAAUUUCAACAAUGCGUUGCAAUACCUUUUUCAACAAUUGUAAAUUCAAUUGGUAGUGAUGGUCUCAAACUGAUGACAGAUAUGAUGCUUUGGAAUCCGGAAAAACGUCCUAGUGCUAUUGCUUCUUUGAAAUAUAGAUAUUUUUUGGUUGGAGAAAAAUUAGGAGCAUCAGCGGUCAGUCAACCGUCCACAUCAAAUCGUGAAACGAGUGCCGGUUCAACAUUAUCCGAUUCAUGUGUAUUACUUGGUAAAGCAAAAUUGAAAACGAAUGUUUCUGAGACAAAAAUUGAUAUGGAAAAUGUUAAUUCGGAACGAAAUAUCAAUAGAAAUUUGCCCAUUACAAAAUUGAUGGAUGAACCAUCAAAAGAUGAUACAUUGUUAGAUAAGAAUAGUGAUACAAUCAAAACUGUAGUUAUGAAAACUAAAUUACCUGCCAGAGAAUUGUAUAUGUCAAAAUCGAGAUAUAUGCCUGGUCUUAUGCUAAAUCAAAUAAAUCAACAAAGCAUUGAUCCAGCAAAGCGAUCAAAUCAGAAACCAAAUCCAGCAAGAUCAGCGGUACAGGCUCGUUUCGAAUAUGCUUACGGUUAUGUACCAUCAUUUGGCGUCCGAAAAAAUCUAAUAAACAAUCAAAGCACAAAACCAUCGGGAAGAAUUGAUUGGACGGCAAAGUAA